CCCUCUCUUCCGCAAGCGCUCUCCACCAUCUUUGGAUAUUCCUUGUCGCAUUUCUUCUGUCCUCCUCCGGAGUUUACAGUACUAUACAACAAUGCCCCCACAACUGUUACCGGCUUCGGCCGCCGCUUUUGCGCCGCGAGCUUCGUCCGUCAACGUUGUCCUCGGCUCUAAAGUCGAGCCUUGGCUAACACAAACCCUAAAGCGCAUCAACAGAGUCAAGAGGCCGUUAAACAGCAUACCGCAACACCAAAGAUGUUUGACCGAGACGCUCUCAUCGCCAAACGCCAUCUGGACUUUGGCGUCGUUGAUGUUACCCAAGGCACCCGAGUCCGACCUGCGCAAGGAUUCUAAUCCGCUAAUAGAGGCUCUCUUCAACUAUCAGCUAAUACACGUCGAGGCUUAUAUUGUUCAUGUCGAUAUGGUAUUGCGGAAUGAAGUCGCUUAUAAGUUGACGCCUGACUCGAUAGAAUCUCUUAUCGAAUAUCACAAGGAUAUCUACUGCGUCAACGCUAAGGCCGAUACUUACGACUGGCCCGAGAAGGAGCAACACGCCAAGAAAUUGCACGAAGACUUCGUCCAGGCUAUUAACAAGUUCGUUUAUAGAACUCAUGUUUCCGCCCUCGAGGGUUUAGAAGAGGAGGGUGCUGGAGAGUUAUUAUGUGGGAAGAGUGAGGAGGUUAAGAAUAACAUUAUGGGAUUGAUAAAUAAACCGCUACUACCGCCACCGCCGAAGAUCGUCGAUGUCGUCCGCCAACCGCCAUUAUUACCCAGUUCACCAGUGGGCGCGAACAUGUGGUCGCAGUCUAUGCAUUCGCCUGCCAUGCCUGCCCCGGUUGAGCCAUGGAGGGUUUUACCCUCCAGUCCCAACUCUACCUCGGUAGAAUCAACCGCACCGAUAUGGGCCAAUAUGUCGUUGCAAGAUAUUCAAGUGACUUCGCCGGGCAUACCGUACAGCCAACCGUACUCCACGGCCGGAAUGUUCUACAGUUCGCCGAUGGUGACGGCUCCGAUUCCGGCGCUGCCGCUUCCCAGCAUGUUAGCGUCGCAGUGCGGUGUGGGUGUUGGAUAUGGCGGUUUCGGUUGGGAUCGAUAUCAAGAGUAUACGACGACCAUAUGACAAUCACCGCCUGCCACGGGGGAUCGCCUGCCAGUGGUAACGACCUCUUAGCAGCGCUCUGACUUCAGAUGGUGAUUUCGGUUCUCGUUUCCUCCAAUUCGAAAAAGACAUCUGCAGCAUAGAUCUCAUCGCGUCCCAGUGCAUCCCGGCGUUUUGCAUCGAUCAGGAACGAACUUCUCGACCGUUUUGGCAUAUAUAAUAAUCUCGGGGUUUCUUUCUUUUUUUUCUCUCUUCAUGUUUGGAUAGCGAGCGUCUGUUUUUAUAGGGUAUACCUCACAUCGUCACA